UUGCAUAAACUGUUUACCAGUCAUGCCUCUGCAUAUCCUGUACCUAAGCUGAUAAAGCAUCUAUGCACUUUAAUCUCAAGUCUAUGCCACUCUGCUAGUACAGUGUGAGCUGUGCCUUGAACCUUGGAUAUAAAGACCUACCAGCCAAAGUCUUGCUCCUGCCUUAGUAAUGUUCCAGAGGUUAAAUAACAUGCUCGUGGGAGAGAUUGAUAGCUUGUCCAGCCAAGAGCCAGAGUUCAGUGAGAAGGAAGACGACGAGUGGAUUCUAGUUGACUUUAUAGCAGACACUUGCACUAAUUGCUCCGCAGAGGAAGCGGACAUCGCUGAAGCAUCAGCUGCAGACGGCUCGCCCGUGUUCUCUUGUUUACCGUCUCCCUUGGAACACUUGCCGGAGGCCAGCGAGUCUUGCUUCAUCCAGUUUGAGUCGUGUCCUAUGGAGGAGAGCUGGUUUAUUACCCCUCCCCCAUGUUUCACUGCAGGUGGAUUAACCACUAUCAAAGUGGAAACCAGUCCAAUGGAGAACCUCCUAAUAGAGCAUCCCAGCAUGUCUGUGUAUGCUGUCCACAAUGCCUGUCACAGCCUUAAUGAGACUGGAUGUGGAGAUGAGGAGUUUUGCGGCCCGGGUAGUCCCAGACUGGAGGCCCGAAAUGAAACAGGACAGCAUGUUCACUGCUAUGUCACAGCUCUUGCUACUCGUUCAACUUUUCUGGAAAAAAACAAGAGCUUUCGUCCUACCCACUGGUUAAAAGAACAUAAUGAAAGACACUAUCUCAACAGAAACAGUCUCCGUCGCCAAAACCUUACCAGGGAUUGCCACUCUCGGCAAAUCAAGCACAACGGACUGUUUGUUCACCAGCCUUGCCAGCGUCAGUUCAAUUACUGAUGGCUCUUGUGAUUUUAAUCUACAGUCUAAUUGUUUUUUAGGUUGCUCUUGUUUUCAUGCAUAGGUAAGUAUGGUCAACCUGAAGCUGAUUGUCAAUCCCUCAAACACAAUCAUAAUUAGCAUUGCAUUCUUUUGAAAUGACACAUAAAUUUCCAAACGUCUUGCAGCGAGUCCUAAAUGAUGUUAAAUAUCAGUGUAUUGGAAGCCUAUCAGUAUGAUAGCUUGUGUGCUGUUUUAUAAACUAUGAUGUAUAGGUGGGUUCUUAGCUGGUAUUUUAAGAAACUUAACUGAGAUGGAAAUUGGUUACAUUUUGCAUUAAUCAAAGUGGAGUUAGAAAACUUGAGGUUAGCCGAAUGCUUUAAUGACCAGUACUUGACAGCUUGUGUAUCUGUCUGUAUUCAGCACAUAUGAUCACUUUCUAACAAGGAAAUACUAUAGCUGCUGGUGGAUAUUACAUAGCUAUGCUGAGCUGUUACAAGAAGGACAUCUAAUCUAAAUUGCCUAGUACCUACUUGUGUUAGUGGAGUCUGUGUAGGUAUGUUGGGUACUUGAUAUAGGUAUCAGAAAAAGGUUAAAUGUCCCCCCAAUAUUGUUGCAGUAUGAUAUGGCACUGGUGUUAUAAAUGUAGUACCUCACAGUGGAGUGGAAGGAGAAGUGGACCUAUGGGUUAAGUGCAGAUGCACAGCCCAGAGAGGUGAACUGGGUUUUACUUGGUACAGUUCAAGUUCUUACUCCCUUUCUCUAACUCUUCCUCUUUCUGUCUUUGAAAGAUGUAUUUCCCCUACCCUAUUUCAUUUAAUAUCUAGUCUAGUUAAAGGAAAAAGAUGGUGGAUUGACUGUUCUUUUAAUCCUAUCAGUAGCUGACUCUUCUUUAAAGAAGUCAGGCUGAUGGAUAGCUAUUUCUGAGCUGCUAAUUGCUGUUAUAUUGUCUCAUAUUUACAGAUUGAGAGUAGCUCAAAAGUAGCCAGAAGGAAGGUUUUACUAGAAGUUCUGCUAAUUGUCUCUUUCUCUCUCUAUGAAAAUGAAGUCCAAGUUAAUUGUGACUGGAAAUGAAGGGCAGUGUUUGGCAGGAAAAAGAGGAUGCUGAAAAACAGUCUUACAGAACUAAACACAGUGGUAACAGGGUGUAUAAAAAUUGAGAUAGAUCGGCAGUGGUUGUUAUCCUAGCCCAUUGGCUGCAGGAGGACUGGAUAGCAAUUCUGUGGGCCAACAGGAAAGAAAAGCCAUUUAAAACUAUCAAGUAGUUUUCUCAAGAACACUGUGCAAGAUGUUUUGGAAGUUGGCAGGCACUUAAAAAAAGUGAAGUUCACCUGUUAAGAAAGAGCGUGUAUUACGCAGCAGCCACGUGGCGUGCUGAACCCUGAUAUCUGGGAAGUAGAUUAAAAUGGUUAUAGAGGUGAGGAAGUGGAAGUCUGUACUGAAAGAAUGGGGGAAAUAAGUUUAUCCCCCUUUUGGUCAGUGUUUAAUGUGACUUACUGUUUUUUCCUUGUGUUUAGUGCCUAGGGCAUUAAAGUUUUAACAUUACAUUCAACCAUGUCUUCCAGUAGUCCAUAUACAGAAGUUACAUAAGGAGUCAUGUGAGGAGUCUCUGAAAUUAGGAAAAAUCAAUAAUGUGAAUUAUUCCAGACCUAUGAAGUGUUUUAAAUUUAGCCAAAUGCUUCAAUUUCACUGAAGCGAAACUCCCAACAAUUUGCAUUGACCUCGAUGUAGUGGUACUGUUGCACAUUCUGCAGCUGGAAUUGUUGUGGAACAUGCUUAGUGUACAGGAAACGGCAUUUAUAACCUCUGUUUCACUGCAGAUGUGCUGCUUCACUGGGAUUAGUUAGGAUUGUUGCAAAGAUACGUUAACAAAUAGUUAAAUGUAUAAAAGCAAGAGGUGCUUUCCUGGAUACACUAGUUUGGUUUUUUUUUAAGACAUACUAAUUCAUGUGGAUAGUGAAAGAAAACUAAAUUGGUCACAUCAUGAGUUUCCAAAAUGGAUUUUGUUACUAGUCUCUUCAGCAGUAUGUGCCCAUGUCCAUACAACAAUUCUUUCGUGGUCCAAAUACUCUGGUUUAUCUGCAAAUAACUAGUUUCACCAGUCUCUCAUAUGUUCAUGAAUAUUCUUACUUGCCUCAGAUUAUCUACCUUUAUCACUCCAAAUUUUUGCCUGGCUUAAACUUCCUUCUCCUCACUGCCAACUUUCUAGCUCAGGAAAAUUCUUUGCUUUCCUGUAUUUUUCUUUACAUAAACGUAACUACUUUCCUUCAGCUUUAAUUUUCUUAAAGAGAAAUGAAGGAAGAUGGAGUCUCCACCUCUCUGUGUUGGAAGGAGUAAGUAAUCCUUUAACUCUUAACGGGGAGAUGGAGUUGAGAGUAUAAGGCUCCCAGGCAUUACAAUGAGAGCCUUGGUCUGUUCUUCUCAGUAGGCAAGUAAAUGCAACUUUAGACUGCUCCUAGAGUUGGGAGAUACUGAUCUUUUUAUACUACAUUACUAGAUGACUUUCUGGUGAUGAAAACCUAUAUCUUUCAGGAUAUAAACUAUUUUGUUGCACAGAGCUGUGCUUCUCAAUUUAUAAUAUUGGAAACCAUAUUAUUGUGUGAGAUAGUACUGCAUCAAUGGCUUUUUGUUAAUUUGUUUUACAUAUUUAUGUUGGUCUAGCCCUGUUUUGUGCCUGAAGCUAUUGGGCAAUUAGAUUUAUUUUGCUUUUCUGUUUUAAUAGUGAGCUGUGUGGCUUUUUAUAUGGGUUUUUGAAUUGUAUUAAAGUGUGUGUGUUUUCAUGUAAAAGUGGAGGCCUUGCACUGUCUCAUACUGAUUGAUAUUAAUGAAUCUUGCUGAAACUAUUUUCAUAUGUAUUGGUCAAUAGACAGAUUUGCAUUUUAAACUGUGCCUUCUACACAGCAAACUUGAAGAUUCAAAAGGGACAUUUCAGUUAGGAUUAAUACUGUACAUCAGUCUAUGCAUAUAUGGCAGCUUCUCUCCAGAGCCACUUCUCUAUUUGUAGCAGUCCUUUUGAUAUGGAAGAAUGUCUGGCUCUUUUUUUUUUUUAAUAGUUUAACACAAGCUGAAAACCGACAAAAUACAGCACUUUGCCAAAAAGUAGCAUUGCUUAACCAGUGUGUAUUUACUAAAGUGAUCCUCUGUAUUUUGUUUUCAUAGUGCGUUCUGCGCACCAUGGGGAGACAUGAUCUUAACUCUCAAUAAAAAAAUGGCCUAUUAAAAA